GUCAAUGCAAGCCGUAGCCCCCGAAGAGGUGAUGGAACUCGGGCUGCCAGAAGCCUGAGACGCCGCCUCCGCCGCCGCCGCGUACUGGAGAGCGGGGGGCGCACGAUCUGGGGACCCCGGGCGGCGGACCCGAGCCCUCCCCCCCGCCCCGCCUCCGGGGCACCAGCUUCGGCUCCAUUGUUCCCGCCCGGGCUGGAGGCGCCCGGCUCCGAGUGCCGCCGGGAAUCGUGCCUCGGCCGCGGAGCUCUCGAAACCCCGCCAGGAUCUGAACGGAGCCCGGGAACGAGCGGCCGGAGCGCAAGACACAGACACCCGCCGCGCCACGGCGAGCUCUCCAGAGGCGGGACCGCAGCGCCAAGUGAGAGUCAGCUUUCGAAGGCGGAUCACGCUCGCGCUCACGGCGGAGUAUAUCCAUGGAGGUGCAGAGCCUUGUUACCAACCUCUAACUGCAGAACUGGGAUGUGGGGCUGGAGGUGCCUCCUCUUCUGGGCUGUGCUGGUCACAGCCACUCUCUGCACUGCCAGGCCAGCCCCAACCUUGCCUGAACAAGCUCAGCCCUGGGGAGUCCCUGUGGAAGUGGAGUCUCUCCUGGUCCACCCUGGCGACCUGCUACAGCUUCGCUGCCGGCUGCGCGAUGACGUGCAGAGCAUCAACUGGCUACGGGAUGGGGUGCAGCUGGCAGAGAGCAACCGCACCCGCAUCACAGGGGAGGAGGUGGAGGUGCGGGAUUCCAUCCCCGCUGACUCUGGCCUCUACGCCUGUGUGACCAGCAGCCCCUCUGGCAGCGACACCACCUACUUCUCCGUCAAUGUCUCAGAUGCCCUUCCAUCCUCGGAGGACGACGACGACGAUGAUGACUCCUCCUCAGAGGAGAAAGAGGCAGACAACACCAAACCAAACCGUAGGCCUGUAGCUCCAUAUUGGACAUCCCCAGAAAAAAUGGAGAAGAAACUGCACGCCGUACCAGCUGCCAAGACGGUGAAGUUCAAGUGCCCGUCGAGUGGGACACCCAGCCCCACCUUGCGCUGGUUGAAAAAUGGCAAAGAAUUCAAGCCUGACCACCGGAUUGGAGGCUACAAGGUUCGCUAUGCCACCUGGAGCAUCAUAAUGGACUCUGUGGUGCCUUCCGACAAGGGCAACUACACCUGCAUCGUGGAGAAUGAGUACGGGAGCAUUAACCACACCUACCAGCUCGAUGUUGUGGAACGAUCCCCUCACCGGCCCAUCCUUCAGGCAGGCCUACCUGCCAACAAGACAGUGGCCCUGGGGAGCAACGUGGAGUUCAUGUGUAAAGUGUACAGUGACCCACAGCCUCACAUCCAGUGGCUGAAGCACAUCGAGGUGAACGGGAGUAAGAUCGGUCCAGACAACUUGCCCUAUGUCCAGAUCCUGAAGACUGCUGGAGUUAACACCACCGACAAGGAAAUGGAGGUGCUUCAUCUACGGAAUGUCUCCUUUGAGGAUGCGGGGGAGUAUACGUGCUUGGCGGGUAACUCUAUCGGACUCUCCCAUCACUCUGCAUGGUUGACCGUUCUGGAAGCCCUGGAAGAGAGGCCAGCCGCGAUGACCUCACCUCUCUACCUGGAGAUCAUCAUCUACUGCACCGGGGCCUUCCUCAUCUCCUGUAUGGUGGGCUCUGUCAUCAUCUACAAGAUGAAGAGCGGCGCCAAGAAGAGCGACUUCCACAGCCAGAUGGCUGUGCACAAGCUGGCCAAGAGCAUCCCUCUGCGCAGACAGGUAACAGUGUCAGCUGACUCCAGUGCAUCCAUGAACUCUGGGGUUCUCCUGGUUCGGCCUUCACGACUCUCCUCCAGCGGGACCCCUAUGCUAGCUGGAGUCUCCGAAUAUGAACUGCCCGAAGACCCCCGCUGGGAGCUGCCUCGAGACAGAUUGGUCUUAGGCAAGCCACUUGGCGAGGGCUGCUUCGGGCAGGUGGUAUUGGCCGAGGCCAUCGGGCUGGAUAAGGACAAACCCAACCGCGUGACCAAAGUGGCUGUGAAGAUGUUGAAGUCCGAUGCAACGGAGAAGGACCUGUCGGAUCUGAUCUCGGAGAUGGAGAUGAUGAAAAUGAUCGGGAAACAUAAGAAUAUUAUCAAUCUGCUGGGGGCGUGCACACAGGAUGGUCCUCUUUAUGUCAUCGUGGAAUACGCCUCCAAAGGCAAUCUCCGGGAGUAUCUGCAGGCCCGGAGGCCGCCUGGACUGGAGUACUGCUACAACCCCAGCCACAACCCCGAGGAACAGCUGUCUUCCAAAGAUCUGGUAUCCUGUGCCUAUCAGGUGGCUCGGGGCAUGGAGUAUCUUGCGUCUAAGAAGUGUAUACACCGAGACCUGGCUGCUAGGAAUGUCCUGGUGACGGAGGACAAUGUAAUGAAGAUCGCAGACUUUGGCUUAGCUCGAGACAUUCACCAUAUCGACUACUAUAAGAAAACCACCAAUGGCCGGCUGCCUGUAAAGUGGAUGGCGCCCGAGGCACUGUUUGACCGGAUCUACACCCACCAGAGCGAUGUGUGGUCUUUUGGGGUACUCCUGUGGGAGAUCUUCACUCUGGGCGGCUCCCCGUACCCCGGUGUGCCUGUGGAGGAACUUUUCAAGCUGCUGAAGGAGGGUCAUCGAAUGGACAAGCCCAGUAACUGUACCAAUGAGCUGUACAUGAUGAUGCGGGACUGCUGGCAUGCAGUGCCCUCUCAGAGACCUACUUUCAAGCAGCUGGUGGAAGAUCUGGACCGCAUUGUGGCCUUGACCUCCAACCAGGAGUAUCUGGACCUCUCCAUGCCGCUGGACCAGUAUUCACCCAGCUUUCCUGACACGCGGAGCUCCACCUGCUCCUCAGGGGAGGACUCUGUCUUCUCUCAUGAGCCGUUACCCGAGGAACCCUGCCUGCCCCGACACCCCACCCAGCUUGCCAACGGUGGACUCAAACGGCGCUGACUACCAACCGACCCCAGUCUUCCCCCAUGCCGUCGUCAACUCUUUCUGUCACCCACCAUUCCCUCGUUGGACACACUGCCUUUCUCCUUCUCCCUUGUGGCUGGCAAGAGCCAGUUGCCUGACUGGGGCCUUCCCGUGUGGCCUACCCCUCCAUCACCCCCAAGACCCUUCUCUUCCUAGCCUGCUGUGUGAGAGGAGUCGAGAGGCGGGUGCUUGCUGGCGGCCGCUUCCUCCUUCCCAUGUGUUGGACCAAGACCCACCCUGAAGCCUGGCACUGCUUGGAGGUCUGCAGAGUGGAAGCAAGCGGAGCAGGCCUGCUAGCGAGAGCAUCCUGAGUGUUCUUGGUGACCCAUCAGCCCCUCGUGUUCUGGUGACAGGGGGUUUGGGACUCCUGAAGCGGUGAGGUUUCUGUUUAGGCCUUAACUGAAGGCAACCUCUGCUCCAUGUGGUCGGUACCAGUAGCUUCUUAAUUCCAUUACUAAUUUGCUUUGCUGACCAAAUACCUGGUACCAGAAGACAGGGAGGCAGAGACUGGGAGCCGUGAUGUGCCCUUGGGCUGAGCCCUGGACCUGGGGCUCUGUACAUAGCUAUGAAGAAAACACAAAGUGUAUAAAUCUGAGUAUAUAUUUACAUGUCUUUUUAAAAAGGGUCGUUACUAGAGAUUUACCUGUCGGGUGAGAUGCUUCUGGUGGCUGGGAAGCAUCAGUCGCUAUAUAUUAAAAAACCAACAAACAGAAAAAGGAAAAUGUUUUUUAAAAGGUCAUAUAUUUUUUUGCUACUUUUGCUGUUUUAUUUUUUUAAAUUAUGUUUUAAACCUAUUUUCAGUUUAGGUUCCCUCAAUAAAAAUUGCUGCUGCUUCGUUUUUAUCCUGGGCGUGUGAAAAGGGAGCAGGUGUCCACGGCAAAGGAGGGAGACAGGAACGGAAGGGCCGUGAGCUGGCAUCCCCCCCACCCCCACCCCCACCCCAUGACCUCUGUCUCCUGGACUGUGCCCGGAGACCUCCCAGACAAGCCUUCUGUCUCUGAUGCUUUGGGAAAGGCGGGGAAAGAAGACUGAGGUCCUGAGGGCAGAGAGCCAAGCCCACACACUUGAUUGUUUCCUCAGAGAGGAUGACAGGAUGAGACUAGCCAGAGGGUAGACCUGGACAGAAACUCAAACCCUAGUCCCUAUGUGCAUCCGUGAGAGAAAAUUUGUCACCCAAAGCUACCUGUCAAUUCAGAUGUCUUGUGUCUUCCCCAACCUACUCCUCUUCUGUAAUUAUCCUCCCUUUCCUGAGUCUCUGUAACCCCAUUGGGUCUGUUCCUAAUCCUGGCUUCCUAUGGUUUUUCCUUUACAAACUCCACCCAUCCCUCAGGAAAGAGAAAACAAUCUCCUAGGUUUGGGUCACCUUGGCAACUCACUUCUGCCACCUGCUGGUUGUUACUGAUACCUUGGUCUCUGCCACUCUAGCCUCAGAGGGGUUUGUUUGUUUGUUUGUUUGUUUGUUUAGCUGGUUGGUUGGGUUCCCCCCCCCCCCGCCCCCCCAUCCCGUCCCCGGGUCUCUGCUGAAUACAAAACAGUUCAAUAUGAUUUCAUCUGUAGGCGUUAGGGCUGCUUCUUUAAAGACAGCUUUGGCAGCUGUGGUUUGGGUCAUCGUCAUAAGAGUUCUUAUCAUUGUUUCUCUCUGUACACAUGUAACUGUCAAAAUACUACGAGUGGUUUUAUGCUGAAAGAAGACAUCGUUUGGCAAAGAGGGCCAGGGAAUGAAUUUUAGCACAGAUUCAUUUUCUUGGAGAGCAUAUCAUGGUGUUUUUUUUCCUUGUUGAAGUGGUGCACAUCAUUUCUGCCUCAGAUCUACUUGACUCGCUCUUGUGUGGACAGAAGGAGAAAACAUAUAAAGGGCUUUGUGAGACUCAAGGAGCGGUGCUAGGACCUGGAAGGAACUGAAGUCCCUGCUGUUACUAUUCAAAUUGCCCACAGAUAUCCCCGGGGACAGGGGUGGCUAUCAAAUAAAGGGUAGUGAAACUGA